AUGACAUCUCUCAAAAGAAAGCUGGAAGAACUCAUCCGCAGUCACCAAGCGGACAUGAACAAGCUAAAGUCGAAGUGGAUGAGAAUAGAAGAGCAAUAUUGGAGUGUAGUGCAGGCAAUUAGAGAAGGAAUAUCUUUUCCACCGGAGAAAGUAGCAGAGGUGGAAGGGUUGAGCAAAGAACUUGAACAGAUUCUUCCAGUUCCAGGAAGAUCUAGCAAAACAUCUCAUUUGGUGACAAUAGAAGAAUUAUUAGGCAAAGAUACUCGACGGAAGGUGAAGGAGAUGUUUUACACUAUGUUGCGGAAUGAGUUUUUCAUACUCGGUGUUUAUGGUAUGGGUGGAGUGGGCAAGACGGCCAUUUUGAGGACGCGAAGAGAAGGGGCGGGCCUAUUGUAUGGACAUCUGAAUGCAAAGAAGGCAUGCAUCCUAAUUUUAGAUGGCCUUUGGAAGCCCUUUGAAGUUAAGGAUGUGGGUAUUCCAGUUGAAACGGGCAAACUAAAGUUGAUAGUGACAACUCGAUCACCAGAUGUGUGUCGUAUGAUGCUCUGUCAAAAGCAAAUUAAGAUAGAGCUUCUCGAUAUGGAAGAUUCUUGGAGGUUAUUUUUAAAGAAGCUUUGCUUUGCGGGAGAACUCCCUCGGGAAGUUGAACAAAUUGCAAGGUCUCUUCUUGAUAGGUGUUGUGGUCUGCCACUUGGGAUCAUUGAGAUUGCAACUCGCAUGAGAGGGGUAAAGAAAGAGCGUGAGUGGAGAGACAUGUUGGGAAAUUUAGAAGAGUCCAGGAUGGAGCUUGACGUGUUCAAGCGUCUGCAGCUCAGUUACUUGAACUUGGGUGAUGAACAAGUGCAACAGUGUUUCCUGCAUUCAAUGCUUUGUUCUGGAAAUCUCCUUUCAGAAGCUGACAGAGAGUAUUUGAUAGAGUCUUUUAUAGAAGAAGGUUUGUUAGGUGGAAGUGCCACCAGGCAAGGACUGUACGAUCAGGGUAACGAUAUAUUGGAUAAAAUAGAAGGGGCCGGCCUGUUGGAUCCUGAAAAAGGGCAUCGGUAUCUACACCCGUUGACAAGGGACAUGGCAUUGCAUGUAGUGCGGAGCACAACACACAUGGUUAAGGCCUAUAUGGGGUUGAAAGAAAUACCGGAGGAAGUAUUCUGGACUGAUCGUCUAGAGAAAGUCUUUUUACAAGGCAACAAAAUAGAAGAAAUGCCAUACAACGUAUCACCAAAUUGCCCUAAACUGACGCGGCUGUCUUUGUAUGACAAUUCGACCUUGGGAGACAUCCAUGAAUCUUUCUUCAGACAUCUAAAGGGGCUGGCGGUUCUAGAUCUGGGCCGCACUGGAAUCACGAAAUUACCGGACUCCAUCUCCCAGUUGGAGAGCUUGGAAGCACUGUUACUGCAAAGUUGUUUCGCAUUACGCUUUAUUCCUUAUGUUGGAAAGUUGGGAUCCCUAAGAAAGUUGGACCUCAAAGGGUGUGAAAGUCUUGAAGAAGUGCCAGAGGGCAUGGAGAUGUUGGCAAACCUGAGGUACCUCGCCCUAGAUGGCACAGAGAUAGAGACAUUACCGGAGGGAGUGUCAGGGAAGCUGGUGAACUUGCAAUAUCUCGCGAUUAGAAAGCUAAGGGCAGGAGAAGAGGUAAAAUUACCGAAGGUGGAGGAACUUCAUUGUUCUGUUUCCAAUGUGGAAAUGUUCAAUGCAUGUGUGGGGUCUCUCGAGCGAAAUAGUAGCCAACGGUACAGGCUCGUGAUGGGUGCACCAGAAAAUUUCAGCCUUUGGUGUGGAGGAAGACUGAGAGGUCUUUACUCAUUGAUAGUUGCGACCAUAUCGUUGCGAGUAUAGAUGGAACAAGUGGUGAUGGCUGCGCUCUGCUUCCAGAAAGUGUGCAAUCAUUGGAAUUGUCCGGGUGUCAUGAAAUGAAGAGAGUGAUGGAAUGGGAGUGGCUGACCACUCUCCUUCCAAAUCUGAAGGAGAUUAUAACAAAGAGUUGUGAGAACUUAGAGGAGAUAAUACAUGGCCCAUUGCCAAGCGGAGCCACUUGGCGCCUUACAUAUCUUGAAGUAAAUUGUUGCAACAACAUGAAGAGGGCGCUGCUGACGCAAGACAUGGUGCUCCACCUCCCUUUCCUCCAAGAGAUAUUAGUCAAAGACUGCAAGGGCAUAGAGGUGAUAAUGGGCACUGUUGCCAAAAUGACGCACUUUUCCUUCCCGGGUUAAUGAACCUUGGUCUAUGUAAUCUUCCGGAGCUGAAGAGCAUAUGCGAUGGGACCACGAGAUGCAAUUCCCUCCAGUUGAUAUCUAUUGACAAUUGUCCAAAACUGAAGGGGAUUCCUCUGCAGCUGCCUGUGCUUGACAAUGGGCUCCCUUCUCCUCCCCCUUCUCUUCAAGAGAUUCAGAUAAAUCGGCAGACGUGGGAGUCACUGGAGUGGGAUCAUCCCCUUGCCCGUUCUACACUUGAACACUUCAUCAAGUUUCUUGACUGAUGAAGCCGUGGAGGAUCCCGUUGAGUAUGAAUCGUCUUCUGAUGGCAGUGGACUCAACGCCAUUGCUACAUCAUCCUGCUCGAUUGAUGUUUAAAGUACCUCUGAACCUUACGAUGACAUAUGCUUAAUUUAUGCCUUAUUUUAUAAUCUAUGUUAACUACGUCUUGUUUCUGGAUUCUUCAGUUUGUAUUAUCCCUUAAUUCUACCUCGUGAAACAUUUAUCUU